AUGUCCGUUGGCUCGCAUAAAUGCUCAUUCUUUCACCCUGCGUACCAAAAGCACGAUGCAUGUGAGAUCGACAUUCCAGAAUUAUUGGAUGCACGUAUUCGCUUCUCAAAGUAUGGUUGGUUGCUCUUGACUGGAUAUGGAUAUGACAAUUUUAGUGUCUUUUUCUUCAAUCCUUUCACAAAGGAAAAAGUAGAACUCCCUAAAUACACAAAUAGAGAAUCAUUCGUUACCAUGAGUUUUUCUUCUCCGCCUACUUCUUCUGACUGUUUUGUUAUUGGAAUUUGUGGGUGGGAUGAUUUUGGCUUCAUUAAACGUGGAGAAAAACGUUGGACUUCCCAUAAAAUUAUUAAAAGGCCAGAAUUUACGCCAUCAACAUAUUGCAAUCCAAUCUUACACAAAGGAUUGUGCUAUUGUUUGGGUGAGAAUGGAGGAUUAGGAGUAUUUGAUCCAAACGACAACCCAAGUAAUUGGAUUAUUUAUCAUAAUGAUAAAAUUCCCCCUAUUCAAGAAAAGCUCGAUUCAGUUCAUCGAAGUUACUUGGUGGAAAGUGAUGAAGGGAAGCUUUUAGCAAUAUUCAUGGUUGAGGAGGGUGACACUAAGACACCAAUUCAUGUUUUUGAACUACCUAAGUUACAAGUAAAUAAAAACAUGAUGAAACCUCGCAAGAUUGUCUGUCGUAUUGUGAGAAGUUUGGGAAAUAGAAUCCUAUAUAUCAGUCUUGGAGGGUCUUUCUUAGAACCUGUUGUGCCAAGAGGAUUGGGCGACAAGAUUUACUUGCCAAUUAUCCAAGACAAGAAAAACAUAUACUACUCUCUCAGUACUGGCAAGUAUCAUUUCAUAUUCGAUGAUUAUUCUGCCAAAAACAUUCAUAGAUUACAACUACCGAUGAAUUGUUGUUGGAUUCAGGGCAGGCCAAAACUGACUUUAAACAAAGACUUUGAAUGGUGA